AUGGUAUCAAUUAGAUAUGAUUGUCAACACAAGAAUGAUUCCAUGACAGACUGUUGUCGUGGAACAAUUCUUACUGAAUCAUAUAUUCUUACAACAGCUGAUUGCAUUGAUAGCUUACCGAGUGAUAUAUCAUUAGUUGAUGUGACAAUUGUUGCUGGUAUUCACCAUCGAUUUAAAUCAGAUCAAAUAAUUCGACAAGUUGAUCGUAUUAUUAUUCAUCCAAACUGGAAAAAUGAUCGUAAUAGUCAAAAGCAUAAUAUUGCACUCUUACAUUUAUCAACUUCACUGGAUUUCACCAUAGAUAAAUAUAUUACUCGAAUAUGUCGAUCAAAAGGCUUCAGUUUACUGAAAGAUGUUUUACAAUAUCCAUCGAAUAGUACUCGAUUAUUGGUUAUGGAAUGGGAUCGUACUAAAGAACGCCCUGAUACUAUAGCAUUUAUGAGUCUACAACAGUAUGAAGUAUCUUUAGUGGAUAACAAUGAUCCAAUAUGCCAAGGAUUGGUUUAUCAUGUCGAACAACAAUUUUGUACGAGAUUUUAUCACAAUACCAAAGGUUUGUUUUGA